CCCCCCCUUCAUUCCCCCGGUUGAGGAAGUGAAUUCGCUGACAGGGCUGGGCUCAGACGCGCAGGCGAAGAAAAACAGCAGCUCUUCGGAAGGGAUAGAAUAAUAACAGAACGAAGAGAGCCUAUGCAAAAUAAGCGAGAUAAAAGCUAAAUAAAGCACCACAGUUCAUCCACUUCCGAGAGCGACACCGAGAGCCGCAAACAUGAAUGACCAGCAAUUGGACUGUGCCCUGGAUCUGAUGAGGCGCCUCCCACCGCAGCAGAUUGAGAAGAAUCUCAGUGACCUCAUUGAUCUGGUGCCCUCUCUGUGUGAAGACCUGCUGUCCUCUGUGGACCAGCCCCUGAAGAUUGCUCGUGACAAAGUAGUGGGCAAGGACUAUUUGCUCUGUGACUACAACCGCGAUGGCGAUUCCUACAGAUCCCCCUGGAGCAAUAAGUAUGAGCCGCCAAUUGACGAUGGUGCCAUGCCGUCUGCACGACUCCGCAAGCUAGAGGUGGAGGCCAACAAUGCGUUCGACCAGUACAGAGACCUGUACUUUGAGGGCGGAGUGUCCUCCGUGUACCUGUGGGAUCUGGAUCACGGCUUUGCAGGUGUCAUCCUGAUCAAAAAGGCGGGCGACGGCUCCAAGAAGAUCAAAGGGUGCUGGGACUCCAUCCACGUUGUGGAGGUUCAGGAGAAGUCCAGCGGCCGGACAGCCCACUACAAGCUGACCUCUACUGUGAUGCUGUGGCUCCAGACGACCAAGACGGGCUCUGGCACCAUGAACCUGGGAGGCAGCCUCACCAGACAGAUGGAGAAAGACGAGACGGUGGGAGAAUCCUCCCCUCACAUUGCCAACAUUGGCCGCCUGGUGGAGGAUAUGGAGAAUAAGAUUCGCUCCACCCUAAAUGAGAUCUACUUUGGGAAGACCAAGGACAUUGUUAAUGGACUGAGAUCUAUUGACUCUUUGCCCGAUAAUCAAAAGUACCGGCAGCUCCAGAAGGAGCUGUCUCAGGUCCUCACCCAGCGGCAGAUCUACAUAGACAACUAGGGCUGGAGGACUGUUCAGACACUGGCUGACAAGUCAAAGCAGGAAGCCCUGAAGCAAGACCUAUUGGAGGCAUUCAAACGCAAGCAGCAGAGUUAGAUGCUCUCUGUCUCUCCCCCGCUCCCUCUCUGUCUUUCUGUCUGUCUCUCUCCCUCGCUCUCUCUUUCCCACCUCCUUUCCACAUAUUUCUUCCAUUUCACUCUGAACAUCAUGUCCCUUUCUGUUUCUGUCUCACUCCAUCGCUCCCCUUUUCUCUGUCUCACUGUAAGUGCUGCACACUUGUUCAUCAGUCAGAAUUCUAAAGAAAAGGCAUUUUUUUCAAUUGUUCUCUUUCUCUCCUGGAAGCAUCUCAUCUUCAAAAAAAGACAUCCACUCUCCAUGUUGUUACUGUUAUGAAUAUUAGUGUUAUGAUUGUUAAUUAUUAUAAUACAUUAUGACAACAAUGUUAAUAACCCCUGAAGCUCUUUCACUGUUGGCUUUUCAAAGGGCGAGUUAUGAAAGAAGCACCCCUCUGCCCUACACCCUACCUCUUUUUCAAGGUUAAGUGGAAGGGGGAAUGCAAUCAAUAGAGGCUGACUAAAGCAAGGGGUGGGUGGGGGAUUGUGCUGAUUAAGUACUGGUUAUCAUUUUCAGCAACUAUUUAUUUUCUAUUCUUAUAUUGAUUAUAUAUAUAUUGUAAUAUUGGUGUUAUCUCUGCCCCCCAUCUCCCUGUAAUAAAUAUAUUUGUUACUCUUCUGGCUGUAAAGAGGUUGGGGAGGCAUUCACUGGCUUUUUAUUACUAUUAUUAUUACUAUUAUUAUCAUACUGAUUUUUAUUGGGCAACGGUUAGUGCUGUGUCUCUCUUUCUGUCGUGUCGGGGCUUAAGGAAGGGGGACAGACAUGGAGACAGAAAGAUGGGAGAAUGAAUGAACAGAUUUGUUUAUUACUGUUUUUUUCUCAUCCCUCUCUCCCUUUUCUGUUUUUGGGUUCAUUGAUUCUGUAUCUGUCUUGCAGGAAGCUUUUUGUUUGUAUUUUGGUUAUAUUUUUAAAUUGUUUGUUCUUUUUUUGUAAAGCUUACAAUUCAUGUUGUAUUAGAGCCUCCAGCACGAAUAAAACUUAUAAGAUGGUCAAUA